AUGUCUGUCGACCUUCAGCCAGCUGAACUGGGCUUUCGACGCCCCUUCAACCACGAGGUCACUGAAACCCUCAAGCUCACCAAUAGCAACAGUCAACCUGUCGCUUUCAAAGUCAAGACCACAGCGCCCAAGCAAUACUGCGUGCGCCCUAACUCGGGCAUGAUCCAGCCAAAUGAAUCCGUCGAGGUUCAAGUACUCCUACAAGCAAUGAAAGAAGAGCCGCCUUUGGACGCCAAAUGCCGGGAUAAAUUCCUUGUUCAAUCUGUCCUCACUUCGCCCGACCAAGACCCCAACGUGACAACGCUCUGGCAAACCGUGGAAAAGACGGCCAAGAAUACCAUUCAAGAGCGCAAGAUUCGCGUCAAUUUCCUCCCUGCUGCUGCGGCGACCCCUAACGGACUGUCAUCAUCUCACGAGGAGCAGCCGCCUGCAUACUCCUCACCAUCCCCUCAGUUCGAUACGCCUGCCCGACAGCCCUCGAACGCUGCUUCUACCGCCGAGACCGCAAAGUCGUCCUUGGCCAACGCCGCCGAAACCACUGGUGUGACCAACAUUCCCUCUGUCGUUGCCAGCGCCGUACCGACAUCAGGCGACGAAAUGAAGGAGCAACUAGCAGCCGCAAAAGCUCAGAUCCAGAAAUUGACAAACCAGCUCCAAGAUCCUCAGGUCCGGCAGAGAAAAGUGCAAGAGGCGAACGAGAAGGUGCAAACAGUUGUUCAGCAAAGCCAGGAAUCAGGCGUCCCACUUCAGAUCGUUGCUGGAUUGUGUCUGCUCAGCUUCCUGAUCGCUUACCUCUUCUUCUAG